AUGCCGUCCCCCGCCACAAAGCAGCGGAAGAUCGCCAUCGUAGGUAGUCGCUCCGUUGGCAAAUCUUCACUCGCUGUGCGCUUUGUGGAUGGGCACUUUGUCGAAUCCUACUAUCCCACCAUCGAGAAUACUUUCUCAAAGGAAAUCAGGUGGAAGAACCAGGAUUACUCAACCGAGAUCGUCGACACAGCGGGCCAGGAUGAAUAUUCGAUUUUGAAUAGCAAGCAUUUCAUCGGCAUCCACGGCUACAUGCUGGUCUACUCCGUUUCUUCACUGGCAUCCUUUGAAAUGGUCCAGGUUAUCCGUGAUAAGAUUCUCAACCAUCUGGGUACCGACAACGUACCCAUCUGUAUUGUCGGCAACAAGAGUGAUCUCCGUCCUGAACAGCGCCAGGUCACUCCCGAGGAUGGCAAGGCUCUCGCUGAGAAAUACAAAUGCGCCUGGACUGAGGCUAGUGCUCGCUAUAACGAGAACGUCGCCAGAGCAUUUGAGCUUCUCAUCGGCGAGGUUGAGAAGUCAAAUAACCCCACGGCGACCAACGAGAACGGAAAGUGCGUGGUCAUGUAAGACAGUCAACGUGACUCUGUCUUCACCGUCAGUAGGGAGAGAUGACCAUCAAUAUCUCUCAUGAGCAGUGGCGCGCUCAAAUGUCGGAUCUUAUUGUGAGCGAUGGCAAGCUCCAUGACAGACACAGAUCAGGGGUUUUCAUGCAUACAUGAAGACGACACGACCACCACAGACCUCCUCACCGUUAUAUACGGUCGUUAUUUGCAGCACAUCUUGCUCAUGGUUCAUGACAGCACAUGGUGGUGUGGCAGCCUCCAUGCAGCAUGGUACGGACAGACGUCACCAAGGCGUUGAACAGCUGUCCUUGGCUUAUAUUCUUCACCCACGAAAAGGGUAUUAGAUUCGGUACAUCUCGAAAGGGAGAGCAGAUUCCUUCUACCAAACAAUGGUUUGAGGUAUCCAACCUAGUCCUACCGCAUACGGAGCUUUCUUGGCCGCCUACUCCAUCACCGGACAACACGCAAUUUUCACGACCUUGUUUCUGUUUUUCGCGGGAAGCACUGGCGCGCAGGAGAGAAGUCAGGUGCUUUUUCUCUUUUGACUUUAUCAUGGUCUUUCCUUUUUUCAAAUUUCUUUUUUUUCUUUUCCUUGUUCGUUGAUUUACACUCGGUGUUAGAUAUAAACGAGACUCAACUCGGCUUGUGGAUAUAGAGAGGGGAUUUUGACACUAUACCUUGUUCAUGUGUUCACAUCAUUUGGCGGCAAGACUGCAUCGAUGUGAUUAGGGAAUGAUUGGUUGAGGCUUGAAUCGGGAGAGGCGGCGGGUAUCAUUUCUCCUUAAUAAGGUUUUGAUGGGAUUUGAAGAAAGUUGACUUUGUCUAUAUGAGAUCAAGAAGCCAAUGAACGACGGGCAUUGUUGCUUGUAUCAUAGUAAGGCUUUUGAAGGGCAUAGUCGAUUGCAUAGUUGUGAACUAUGCUUGUUCAUGGUAUAGUACGCAUGUUCUCUAUACUUGGCCCAACGUAUGUAACUGCCCUUGUGGAUUGUCAUUUGAGAACGGGCGUACGUAUAUCGCGCG